CUGAUACUUUUACUUGGUAGUCUGUGACUAAAGUUAUGAUUUUAUUGUUUACUUCCAAUUUUUGUAAAAAAAUUCAUUGUAAAAGAUGGUUUAAAGUUUUGUAUAUCUCGUUACUUCGUUGAUAUAUCAUUUCUAAUUUUGUUAGGUUUACUUGAAACCAAGAUGUCCAGCAGUUCGGUUGAAGAUAUACCAGAACAAUGCAGGGAUCUGUUCACGCAAGAUGGAGUUCUCCUCAAAAGCUGCAUGGGCCGUCCCAUCAGUGACCUUAACUCCAUUGGCAUGCUCUGCAUUGUCCAGAAUGUGGAUUCCUCAAAAUGUAUCGAGUGGAGGCCUAAUGACCUCAUCACUAUUGAUUCAGACACUCAAGAUCAAGAGUGGGCGGUCGUUAAUACUAUUGGCCGUCGCCAAAGAACUCUUAGCGGCAACAUGACAUCCGACUACGCCGCAGCCAGGGCACGCAUCAUCAGGAUCCAGCUCAACGAGCUCAAAACCUUCAAAUGCUCUCGCAACAACCAGCAAAUGCAGUUCUCCACCAAACCAGGCGUGUGGCACAACACAUUUUACUUCCAGCACGGAAACGCUGAGAUUUUCGUCGCCAAUUUGAAGAACCACGUCAAAACAGCGAAGACUAGACAUGACAGAAACACAUAUGUUGUAGUGGAGCCUAACGUAGAGUCACAGGAACUGAACCGGUCGUUCGCAGAACUGGAUAUAUUCACUGAGAAUACAACAGAUGUUGUGUGGAAUUUCGUCCACAAUUUCAAGCAGAGGCCGUAUGCUACCACUAUGGAGGCAUUCUCUAAACUCAAUGAUAUAGUGUACUACGGCAACGAGGCCGUGAACGGCAAGAGGGAUGUGACGGAGGAGGUGGCGGACCUCCUCACGAAGAGCAUGAGCGCGCUGGAGGACGCCACGUCGGUGACGCGCAGCGACGAGUACGAGGUCAUCAAUGUGAAGCCCACCCUGCCUCCGAGACCUUGUAUACCCAGAGGUACGUCACUGUCAACUGAAAAGUGGGAGGGCUUGCACGACACGGAGGGACGAAUCACAGAGGUCGAAGGGGUGAAACAACUCAUAUUUAGAGGGGGUGUAGCGAAUUCGAUACGCCACUCAGUAUGGAAAUACCUACUCGACUAUCACCCCUGGACGAUGACUCACGCCGAGAUCAAAGUCCUCCAGAAGAAGAGGACUGAGGAGUACUUCUCCAUGAAACUGCAGUGGCGGUCCAUGACCGAGGGUCAAGAGGCGAGAUUCUCCGAAUAUAGAGACAGGAAGAGUUUAGUGGAGAAGGAUGUGAACAGAACAGACCGGACGCACCCGUUCUACGCCGGCGACAACAACCCGAACCUGGUGAUCCUCCAGGAUAUCUUGAUGACAUACGUCAUGUACAACUUCGACCUGGGCUACGUGCAGGGCAUGAGCGACAUCCUGGCGCCUUUGCUGCUGUUGCUAGGCAACGAGGUGGACAGCUUCUGGUGUUUUGUGGGCUUCAUGGACAAAAUCGCGUCAAACUUCGACAUGGACCAGGCGGGCAUGAAGCAGCAGCUACUGAACCUGCAGCAGCUGCUAAUGUUCGCGAGCCCGGAGCUGGCGCGCCACCUCGCGGCCAAGGACUCGGCCAACAUGUACUUCUGCUUCCGCUGGCUGCUCGUCUGGUUCAAGAGGGAGUUCUCUCACAAGGACAUCAUGAGGCUGUGGGAGGUGCUGUGGACGGGGCUCCCGUGCGCCAACUUCCACCUGCUCAUCUGCGUCGCCAUCCUCGACUCGGAGAAGGACGUCAUCAUGCACAAGGACUGCGGCUUCACUGAAAUAUUGAAGCAUGUAAACGACUUGUCAAUGUGCCUCGACGUAGACCGAAUACUGAGCACCGCUGAAGGCAUCUACCACCAGAUCAUCUCGGCGCCGCACCUCACGGACCAGGUCUGCGUCAUCCUCGGCAUCCCCACCGUGGGGGCGAAGCCCGAGGAGCCCGAAGAGCCCGAGGUGCCGCAGGCUGGUCCGACCAACGGUAAUGCGGUUACCUACAACCCGGAUAUGGAGGAAGUAACGCUCGAAUAUAACGGUCUACAGAUAUCUGUAGUCACGCAAACGGUUUGGGCGCUGCUGGCGUAGCGUUGUGGAAUGUUAUAUUAUAUUUUUUAAUUGAUUAACCGACUUUAAUGAAGUUUAUACAUCAUCAUUAUCAACCCAUAUUCGGCUCAUUACUGAGCUCCAGUCUCCUCUCAAAACGAAAGAGGGGUUAAGCCAAUAGUCCACCACGCUGGCCCAAUGCGGAUUGGCAGACUUCACUCACGUAGAGUAUUAAGAAAAUUCUCUGAUAUACAGGUUUCCUUACGAUGUUUUUCCUUCACUACAGACCUAAGCCGAUUAGAAAAAUAUGAGUUCUCUAUUGAAAAUCAAAGCUUAAUCUUCUCUUCUUUCUUUAUUGUUAAACUAACUUAAACUUUAAUUGGGUCUACGUCCUAUAUCUCUUUAUUUGCUGGGAUCAUAUUAGAUAGAAUAAUUAUUAAGUUCAUUUAUUUCAAAAAAAGCCCAUUAAAAUUAGAUCCCCAGGAACUUGUUAGGAACUAGGAAAAGGCAAAUGCAGACUGUUUUUUUAACCGACUUCCAAAAAGGAGGAGGUUCUACGUUCGGCUGUAUGUAUGUUUUUUUUUUUUUUUUUUUUUUUAUGUAUGUCCAGCGAUAAUUCCGUCAUUUGUGGACCGAUUUUGAAAAUUCUUUUUUUGUUUUGAAGGGUUUGUUUCCAGGGUGGUCCCAUUUUUUCAUGUCAGGAUUUGAUGAUGGCAUCCUGGAGAAAUCGAGGGGAACUUUUGAAAAUCGUAAAGACGGCUAGUGCGUUUGUUAGUGUUUCCAUAAGGUAUUUUAAACCACUACAAUUUUAUGAAGGUCUGGAGUUGGUCUGAUGAUGGAGCCGAAACACAGACGAUGGAACUCGUCAACGAUUUACAGCAGGUACCUUUUGUUUGGGCUUGAUUUAUUUGUAUUGAUGAGGACUUUCCACCUAGAUGGUUUGUGACUGUAUUAAGGGUCUGAUGAUGAAGACUAAGGACAGUUAAGAGAACUCCUCAACGGUUCACAGUAGCUACCUUGUGUUUUGACUUGAUAAUUUUGUAUUGAUGAGAACUUUCCACCUGGAUAAGUUGUGACUGUAUUAGGGGUCUGGUGAUGAAGACGAAGGAUAGUUAAGGGAACUCCUCGACGGUUCAUAGUAGCUACUUUGUGUUUUGACUUGAUAAUUUUGUAUUGUUGAGAACUUUCCACCUAAAUAGGUUGUGGCUGUAUUAGGGGUCUGGUGGUGAAAAUGAAGGAGAGUUAAGGGAACUCCUCGACGGUUCACAGUAGCUACCUUGUGUUUGGAAUUGAUAAAUUUUAUAUUGAUGAGAACUUUCCACCCAUAUGGAUAGUGACUGCAUAGGGGGUAUGGUGAUGAAGACGGAGGACAGUCACCUUUCAUAUUUUUCUGAAUAUUCAUAUUACGUGUGGAUAAAGGGGGAGUGAAAUUUUGUAUAUGAGUUAAGGUAGUAUUUUUAAAAUUGGGAUUGUAGGACUUAGAUACUUAUCAUAAGAAAAUAACGUAUCAACUAAUUGCUUAUUAAUUUUUGUUCACACUUUGUAGUAGGUGUGCUAACACUAAAAAUUAAAAAAUGAAAAUUUUAAUAAAAAAAAUUCAACCGACUUCCAACUUAAAAAUUAACCUAAACUAAAAAGCAAAAAAUAACAUCUUACCUAUGUGCUACCUUCUGAUCAGUUUGAAGGCGGUGCCAAUCCAGUGUCAUGUUUUAAUUAAAGCCGAUUCUGAAAGAACCACAGAAAUUUUGUAAUUUAAACGGCUUGAAUUAAAACAUCACUGGCUUGGCACCGCCUUCAAACUGAUCAGAAGGUAGCACAUAGGUAAGAUGUUAUUUUUUGCUUUUUAGUUUAGGUUAAUUUUUAAGUUGGAAGUCGGUUGAAUUUUUUUUAUUAAAAUUUUUAUUUGUAUUGGUAUUAAUAGUGUCAUUUUUAGUAGUAUGUUCUAGUUGGUACCUAGUGCGUUUAUUUAUUAUACAAAUAAACCCACAAAAAUGAGGUAUAGCCGAUUUGUUAAAACAAUAAAAAUGAUUUUGUAAAAACAACCUUUAUUAAAGUCGGUUAAAAUAGGAAAGCUAAAGCAUAGACUGGAUGGAAAGAGUGAUAAUUUUCUAUUUUUAUAAAUAGCACAUAAAUAGUUUCUAUGAAAAUCAUCAAUUAUAUUACUUAUUUAUAUUAGGUACUUGAAAAAAAUGUGAAAUAUUAAAUGACUAGAAGCGGGAAACAAUGCGGAAGGUCAUUAUGUAAAUUAUAUAAUUAAUAAUAUUAUUUUGUUGUAUCUUCAAAAUUGACUUUUGAGGCGUGAAAACGUAGAAAAUACCAACACAAAAUGAUUGUUCAUCAUUUUAUACAUAUAUUUGCUAAACUGAGUUCAUUUUCUCAACAUCAGAUUAUGUAAAUUAACUCAUUUUUAUUGAUUAAUAUCUUAAUUUGAUAGAUAUACUCAUAUUUAAAAUUAUUGUGUAGCAGUAGUAUGUAAAGAAAGCUCUGAAAUUCUAUAGAUUCAAAAUUACGAGAGUGUUGUUUAUUUGUCAUAGAAAAUGGUGUGAAAUUUAAAAGAAGAAAUUGCAUUUAUUUUUCCUUUAAAUCUGAAGUUUCUUUUAAUACAUUGUUAAAUAUUAGUAUGUCUAUACAAUAUAAUCCCUGUUAUGUAAUUUUCGGAAUAAAUUUUGAUUCACUCUUUUAUUUUUCCAGUGGAAUUAACCAAUAUCUGCCCAGUUUGGUUGACAUUAAUUAGGAAUAAAGAAAAAAUCCAUGUAAAUUAUUUUAUCUCCAUUUUCUCUGUAUUUAAGGUUUAGGUUAUUUUGUUUUACAGAUUCGACAGAAGCUAGUUUGGAGCAAUAUUAACCUUACUUAUUAUCUUAAUUAAAUCUGACGUAACUAUAAAUAUUACUGUUUUGAUAUUAUAUGAUUAAUAUAUUAUAUUUUGUCCUACCCACCUUGAUGAUAUUUUAAAAAUAUUGUUUAAAAUAUGUAUGUAUUUGAUUGCCAAAACCAAUAUUAUUACUUAAUAAUUGCCCUAUUAUUUAUAUUUUCUAUUAAUGAUUUAAUUUGCUAAUCGCAGCUAAUCUUGUCAAUUAUUUCAAUACAUAUAAGAUGUAUAAUGAAAAAAAACAAAGUUAUCUAUCUAGUUACUGCAUAGACAAUUAACAUUGGAUUAUUUUACUAUAUAAUAUGUUACAUUAUUAUUUGUUUAGGGCCAGUAGUUGUUAAAGAAAGUUUAAAACUAUAAACUAGAUCAUAGAUAUUGCAUCUAAUCUUGUUUAUAGUUUAAGAUUACUAAGUGGAACAUUACAUUUAAAUUAAAAAAAAAUCAUAUCAAUGUGUAAAAAAAUAUAAGUAAGAUUAAUUUCAAUUAUUCGACCCCAUUGAAUUUUAUAUGUUUUAAUUUUUUUUCAUAAAUUUCCCAAAUACCACCAUAAAAUUUCUUGUAUGAAAAAAAAUUUGGGAAAAGACAAUUUGAAUGUUGCCAUAAUUAUAGUUACACUAUCAUUGAAUGUUGUUUGUUUAUAAAGUUUAUUACAGUAUUUUGUUAUUGUUUAAAUUUCGGUAAUUAAGCGUUCGCAUAUCCUUAGGCACUAUUAUUGUUCACAAGCUAAUGUAAAUUUUAUUGUGAUAUAAAAAUUCAUUUAGUUAUUAUCAUGCAUAAUAUGUUUUGUAAGUUGGUUAUGCACGUUUAAUAAAGUUUUUUAGCAUAAA